AUGGGUUAUCUGAAACAAAUUGACGUUGAAAACUUCAAGUCAUGGCGGGGCAACCAAGUUAUCGGUCCAUUCAUGCGGUUUAACUGUAUAAUUGGCACAAAUGGCUCUGGUAAGUCCAACGUGAUGGACGCUCUGAGCUUCGCUAUGGGGGAGCGGGCCGCCGCCCUCCGAGUGAGGCACCUGAGAGACCUGAUUCACGGAGCCCACGUCGGGCAGCCUGUGUCCAACAGCGCCCGCGUGGCCCUGCGCUACGGGGACGACGAGGACCAAGAGACGGUCUUCUGCCGGAUAAUCAAUGGGGAUUCCUCCGAGUAUCGCAUAAAUGGAGUUCAUGUGUCGUUUAUGUCGUACAUUGAGGCGCUUGAGAAGAUUGGCGUCGUGACCAAAGCUCAGAAUUGUUUGGUGUUCCAGGGGGCAGUGGAAUCCAUAGCCUUGAAGGACCCAAAGGAGAGAACCAAAAUGCUGGAGUGCAUUAGUCAGUCCAAGGAGUUUGCGGCAGAAUACAACAGGAAGAAAGAGGCCUUGCUGAAAGCCAAAGAGGACACCCAGUUUCACUUCAACAAGAAAAAAUCUGCCACUGUGGAGAGGAAACAGGUGUCCCAGGAGAAAAUGGAGGCCCAGAAAUACCAGGCGCUGGUCGACGAUCUUCACCAAAGCCGCCUGCAGCUGAGCCUUGCCGAGCUUUACCAAAACGAGAGAGGCAUCGGCACCAUCACUGACAGGCUUAAGGGGAGGCAGAACGCGGCAGCUGCUCAGAAAAAUAAACUGCUCAGCUGGGAGCAGACAGUCAAAGCCCACAAGAAAGAACACGGCCGCCUCAGCAGAGAAACGCAGCACAUCGAGAAGGAGAUCCGCGGUCAGGAGCACGUCCUCUCCCAGUCUCGGUCUCAGUACAUUAAAGCCAAAGUUAACACCUCUCAUCACGCAAAGAAGGCUGAGGAGAUCCGCAAUGCUGCAAAGAAGAGCAGGAGGCUGCUGGCCAAGAUGGAGCAGGACCUGAAAGAAGGCCGUAAGGAAAUAGCCGAACUUGAGAAAACCUGGAAGAAGCACGAGAAGCAGGUUCAGGAGAAGUGGACUGUACAGGGGAGGGACGUCGAGUUGGACGAGGAUCAGUUAGAACAGUAUAAGGAGCUGAAAGAAUUGGCCCGGAAGCAGGGGGCCGUCCUCAGCCAGCAGGCUGAGAAACUGCAUUGGGAGGUGAGAGCGGACAGUGAAAAGAUGUCUUUUGACCAGCGCAGAAAGAAGGAACUGGAGAUGGCCAUCAGAAACAGUCAAACCCACUUGGAAGACUUGACAACCAGAGCAGAGAAGCUGGAGGAGUACAACAAGAGCUGCAAGUCGAGCCUUGAGGACUGCCGUCAGCGCGAGGAGAGCCUCAGCGCAGAGCUUCAGCGCGCCUCCCAGCGCAGCCAGGAGGUCAACCAGCAGCUGGGCCAGGUUAUGGAGGAGCUGGGCAAUGCUCGCCUGGACAGACACGAGAGCAAGCGGCAGCUGCAGCGCAGAGAGCUGCUCGAGAAGCUCCGCAGGCUCUUUCCUCAAACUGUGUACGGCCGACUGUGCGACCUGUGCAGCCCAAUCCACAAGAAGUACCAGCUGGCCGUCACCAAGGUGUUCGCCGGCAACAUGAACGCCAUCGUGGUGACGUCCGAGAAAGUAGCCCGUGACUGCAUCAUGUUCAUCAAGGAGGAGCGAGCCGAGCCCGAGACGUUCCUGCCCAUCGACUACUUGGUGGUUAGUCCUCUGAACCUACGACUGAGGGAGAUUCCUGAUGCCAAGAUGUUGAUGGAUGUGGUCCAGGUGAACGCCGCCACAGGCGCGGCCGAGCUGAGAAAAGUGCUGCAGUAUGUGUGUGGCAAUGCCCUGGUGUGUGAAACCAUGAAAGACGCCAGGAGAGUGGCCUUUGACAGAGAAGAGCGCAGGAGGACGGUCACCCUGGAUGGGACGCUGUUUAAGACGUCAGGCGUCAUCUCCGGGGGUUCCAGUUACCUGCGGACCAAAGCUCGCUGCUGGGAUGAAAAGGACAUGCUGCAGCUGAAGGAACGCAAGGAUCGGCUGAUUAAAGAGCUGCACGAUCUGAUGAGGCUCAAGAGGAAGGAGUCGGAGCUGAAACAGAUCGUGGCUCAGGCUCAGGGAGCUCAAACUCGACUGAAGUAUUCCAAAACGGAUCUAGAAACCUUGCAGAAGAAGGCCAUCCCCCGAUGCGAAGAGGAGAUCUCUCGAAUGGAGAGCGAAUUAGCAAACCUGGACUGUCAGAUUCAGAUGCAGCUCGAGAGCCUGGAGGCAAAGAACGAACAAAUGAAGAAGAUCAGACAGAAGAUUGAGCAGAUGGAAGAUCGGGUGUUUUUCUCUUUCUGUGCUGAAAUCGGAUUGGACUCCAUCAGAGAAUAUGAGCAGGAGAACCUGAAACAGCAGACAGAGCUCGACAAGAAACGGCUGGAGUUUGAGAGUCAGUGCGCCCGCCUGAACGCGCAGCUGGAGUAUGUGGAAGAGCAGCUGGAGCAGGAGCAGAAGAAGCUGGUCAAAGCGGAAGACUCCAUCAGUAAGGAGGAGGGCAUGGCAUUCCGGGGGAAGGAGGAUGAGGAGAAGCUGUUGGAGGUGGUGGAGGAGGGGGAGAAAAAGCUGCUGGAGCUGAAGAACCAGCUGCUCACUAAAAAGAGUCAGGUGGCUGCUGUCAAAGCCGAGCUGGAACAGAACUCUCAAACCCUUCAGGAAAUGAACAAAGAGUUGACGAAGCUUCAGAGGGAGGUGAUGUCUGCCGAGACGGCCUUGGAGCAGAAACGCAUGGCGCGACACAACCUGCUGCUGGGCUGUAAGAUCCAGGGCCUGCCCAUCACCCUGCUGUCAGGGAGCCUGGACGAAGUCAGCGAGGUGCAGCUGGAAACAGAUUCAGAGAGCACCUCGCUCACCAUGGACAUCUAUGAGAGAGAAGCUCAGCUGGUCAUCGACUACUCCGAGCUGCUGCCGGAGUUCAGGAACCUGCGGGCUGAGCAGGAGAUCGAGGCCCACCUGGAGAGGCUGAGGGAGUCGGUCUCGUCCUUAGAAGGAGUGCUGCAUUGCACCACCACACCCAACCUGAAGGCCCUGGAGAGGAUGCGGGAGGUGAAAGACAAGCUCCAGGGGGUGACGGAAGCCUUUGAAGCCAGCACCAGGGCAGCCAGGAAGUGCAGUCAGGAGUUUGAGCAGGUCAAAGCCCAGCGCUUCCAGCUCUUCAGCCAGUGCUUCGAACACGUGUCCAUCGUGAUCGAUCAGCUCUACAAAAGAAUAUGCAGGAACAGCAGCGCUCAGGCCAUCCUGAGUGCAGAGAACCCAGACGAGCCGUACCUCGGCGGCAUCAACUACAACUGCGUGGCCCCAGGAAAGCGCUUCAUGUCCAUGGACAAUCUGUCGGGCGGAGAAAAGGCCAUCGCUGCUCUGGCCCUGCUGUUCGCCAUACACAGCUUCCGACCGGCUCCUUUCUUCAUCUUGGAUGAGGUGGAUGCAGCUCUGGACAACUCCAACAUUGGCAAGGUGACGAGCUUCAUCCGAGACGAGUCCAGGCAGAACAUGCAGAUCAUCGUCAUUUCCCUGAAGGAGGAGUUUUUCUCCAAGUCCGACGCUCUGCUGGGAGUCUACUCAGACUUUGACGGAUGCAUGUUCAGCCGCAUUCUGACCCUGGACCUGCGACCGUACCCUCUGGUGGACGAGGACAACGGGAACCGGGCCGACGCAGUGACCACAGCAGCCUGA